AUGGAGCCUGAAAUAAACUGUUCCGAACUGUGUGACAGUAUUCCUGGCCAGGAGCUGGAUCGGAGUCCUCUUCAUGGUCUCUGCAGGACAAUUACCUCUUCCCAUUACAGCGGUAAGACCGUUUCUUCGUUAUCUCCUGUCCUCUUGGGUGUUGUUUGGACUUUUCUCAGCUGUGGACUUCUUCUGAUAGUCUUCUUUCUUGGCUUCACAAUUCGCUGCAGGAAUAACAGGAUUGUGAAGAUGUCCAGUCCCAAUCUGAACAUUGUGACCUUACUUGGCAGUUGUCUGACUUACAGUAGUGUUUACCUCUUUGGGAUUCAAGAUCGAGAUGCUUUAGUGGGAGGCUCAAUGGAAACUCUCAUUCAGAUAAGACUAUCCAUGCUGUGCAUUGGGACCUCCCUUGUGUUUGGCCCCAUUCUAGGGAAGAGCUGGAGACUCUACAAGGUGUUUACGCAGAGGGUCCCGGACAAGAGAGUGAUAAUCAAAGACCUGCAGCUACUGGGGUUGGUGGCAGCCCUGGUGAUAGCUGAUGUGAUCCUGCUUGUGACGUGGGUGCUGACUGAUCCCAUCCAGUGCCUCCAGAUUCUCGGUGUCAGUAUGAUGGUGACAGGGAGAGACGUGUCCUGCUCUCUGACCAGCUCACACUUCUGUGCUUCCCGGUACUCUGAUGUCUGGAUUGCUCUUGUUUUGGUAUGCAAGGGCCUGCUACUGCUCUAUGGUGCCUACCUGGCUGGCCUGACUGACCACGUCAGCUCUCCUCCCGUGAAUCAGUCUUUAACCAUCAUGGUUGGGGUCAACCUCGUAGUAGUGGCUGCUGGGCUUCUGUUCGUGGUCACCAGAUACUUGUACUCCUGGCCCAACCUGAUCUUUGGACUCACAUCUGGAGGUAUCUUUGUUUGCACAACCACGAUCAACUGCUUCAUCUUCGUUCCCCAGCUGAAGCAGUGGAAGGCAUUUGAAGAGGAAAACCAAACAAUCAGACGCAUGGCCAAAUAUUUCAGCACUCCCAGCAAAAGCUUCCAGACCCAGUAUGGUGAGGAGCAGAACUGCCACGCCGGAGGAGAGAGAAACUCCAUGGACAGACUCCUCACAGAAAAAAAUGCUAUGAUUGAAAGCCUGCAGGAACAAGUAAACAACGCUAAAGAGAAGCUAGUGAGGCUGAUGUCAGCUGAGUGCACCUUCGACCCCCCAGAGUGGGCUGUCUCUCCGGCCUCUUCCCACAGCAAGAACACCCUGGUUGCAGCCUCUGCCCACAGCCUGGUAGCUCAGGGGCCUUCAGAAUGCGUCUCUGGCUCUCAGAACGAUACCAGUGUGGUUGCCCAGGACUCCCAGAGCACCUCAGUGCCCUCCUCAAGUGUACAAAGCCUGGAGCGGGCUGUGAAGGACACCAGCUCCUCCCCAGGGCAGAAGGAGAAAAUGUCUAACUUGAAAGACAUUUCAGAUCAUUUAAAUUUGGGCUGCAGCCAGAAGCCACGGCCUGAGCAAAGCCAAGGUGCAGAAAGGCGAGACCAAGUACCCAUGAACCCCCACCAGAUUCUCAUACCAGGGAGAGAAGGCCCCAUUCCCCAGAGACAGGGGCAGCUGGAGAACUCAGAGGAGCCCCAAAAGCGGCUGUCAAGGGUCAAUUCAGUGAUCAGGGAGAAGCUUCAGGAAGUCCUACAAGAUCUGGGCCUGGGCCCUGAGACUCCCCUCCCCUCUUCCCUGUCCUAUCCCCAGCAGCCCUGGAAGAGCAGUGCUGCCCACAGCUUCCAGAAGAUUCCCCUCGCCAACGAGCUGGGCUUCAGCCCAUACAUGGUGAGGAGAAGGCGGGCAGCAAUGCGGGCUCGCUCACAUUUUCCAGGCUCUAUACCUUCAAAUGUGGGGCAUCGUGCAAAUAGGGCUGUUUCUGGGGCACACAGUGGGCGGCUAAGUGUGCACAAUAGGGACAGUGACUGCCCGGAUCCCCAAACUGCUGAUUCCAGAGUCCCAAAUCCCUCUUCCAGGAAGACUUCACUACUCCGCGAUCCUCAAGGCAAGCCGGGCACUGUGGAGGGCAGCAAACAAAGCCAGACAGAGCCCCAGGGUGCCAGAGGGAGCCAUGCAGCCUUUCCCCACCAGCCUUCUGGCUCUGAUUGGGCACCGUGUCCCGCUGCCCCUCACCUAUCCAGAGCCUCACCAGACAUUCCAGAGCAGCGGCAGCUGCUGCCCCUGGGAUUCCCACGCUCUCCCUCCAUGUCCCCUCCAUGCAACUACCUUGACACUGAGUCCAGCAGUUCAGACGAGUUCUUCUGUCACUGCCACCGGCCCUACUGUGAAAUCUGCUUCCAGAGCUCCUCUGAUUCCAGUGACAGUGGCUCAUCAGACAGCGACCCUGACCCUGCUAGGGGGCUGGCUUCCUGGGAGAAGCUGUGGGCCCGUUCAAAGCCUAUCGUGAACUUCAAAGAUGACCUGAAACCCACACUGGUGUGA